AUGUCCAAACUCGCCUGCGCAUCGAAGCUAGGCGAUCUCUUGGCGCGUCUGCCACUGAACCAGCCGGACCAGUGGAAAGAAAUCGAGUCGACGGCACAACAGCUGGCUGAUGACCUUCGUGUGAAAGAUGCUGAGCAGCAAACUGUGCUAGGAAAGACCCUCCUACCACAAACGCUCACCUCCCUCCUUAAGAGCGCUAUCAGCGGAGCAACGUCCGCGGUCUCAGGAUGCAAAGCCGCGAUCCACGAAAUUCUCCGCGUUGGAGCCAACCUCUGCAUGGACCACGAUGAGAAUCGAGGUUAUUUGCUUGAAGCGAAUUUCCCCCAGACCGUGGUUUCGCUGCUCGAGAGCUACGCGGAAGCCGCUCAUCCCAAUUGUGCAGAUCCACUUCCCCUCCUUAUUGACGAUCUCAAGGUCGUCAAGACGUCGAUUGGACUGCUCCUGAAUGCCAGUAUCGGCUAUGAGCCUACAAGAUCUCGUUUGAUCUCACUGGAAGCUGCCGUGACCAUUUUAAAAUUGUCUAUGGCGAUAUACCCUCCUGGUUCUUGGCUUACUACACAGCUGGUAUUCGAGGAAUCGUCUGAUUCCGAUGAGAGAUUCCUCCAGCAGUGGAUUCUACGCUCAGGAUUGGCCUCCUGGGCCUGGAGGGCAAUAUCAGAACUCCGUGACGACGACGACACUCCACAAGCACGCCCGCUAUUUGGUGUUGACUCCCUCCCGUACCUCAUCCGCCCCUUGUUAGCAUUUAUUCCACCCUACCCAUCUCCACCGCCGUUGUUUGCUGCGUCUCCCGCCCGCCGGUCCCUGGUCCAGGCGGACUAUGAAGUGCUCGAGGAAGUGUGCGGACUUCUAGAAUCCCUUUGUCUUGAUGUUGAGGAUAUCCGACUAUCGCUGGCUCGCGGGAUGUCAUUUCCUGAUGAACAUGGCGGCAUCCCUUGUCUGACACAUAUGCUAGCAUUCCUGGAUCGCGGUGAUUACCCGCCUUUCUGGUCCUCGGAGUCUUCAGGAGAGCGCUCGACCAUGGAGAAGAGCUUUGACUUCUGCAAGGCUGCGGUUGUCAAGGCGGUUGUCGAGGUCGCCGGUGACGAGAAGAACAUUCACACAUUAUGGGACGAAUCGGAUCCAGCGAAGCCGGGAGGUGCAUUUGUGAACAUCAUGGUGCAGUGGAUCCGGACACACCGGAGCCUGAAGGACACGAAUCGGGACGACCUGAUCAUCUGUGCGACACUCAGUGUGGGCAAUCUUGUGCGACGAGACGCCCACGCCCUAGCACUCGCCCGGCCGCCGAUUGCGAUCGCACCUGAUUUAGCAACCCUCAUUGAGCCCGGCAUUGACAUUAAGGUGACGCAUGGCGUCGUAGGGCUACUGAAGCACCUCGCGCAGUCACAAGGCAACAGGGCAGCUUUGGGUGAGGCGCGCAUCAUAGAGAGACUAGCCACAUCGGGUGUCUGGGGCGAGAAGACAGACAUCGCAGAGCUUGUGCAGGUCUCUGCAAUUGGUAUCGCCAAGCACAUGUGCGCACAGAACGCCGACAACGCGUUGACUUUGGUCUCGCCCGAUGCAUCCUCCGAAUCGCCCCUAGACCAGAUUCUGGCCCUUGUGCGACGAUCAGACUCUACCGCCGUAAAGAGCGAGGGAACGCGGGUGUUGGUCAACGUCGUAAAGUCUCUUUGGUCAAGUGGCGCUCCGACGGACGAAGAGAAGGUGAAGAAGAGACACGAAGCCGUGAAGACUGUCGUGAACGCAGCGUGCACCUCGGCCCUGGCGCAGCUCAUAGGACGGAGCAAGAAGUAUCCGUCGCUGAUCAAUGAAGGUGUUGUCUCACUGUUCUUGCUCAGUACACAUGCGAAUGGCGGCACACUUGUGCUCGACUCCAUCCUGAAUCCAUUGCCGAGUGAAGUCAUUCGACCGUCGCAGUCACAACCUGCAUCUGCAGUUGCCGUGGACUCGCCUGUCGUGGGCCCGCGGAGUGCGCUCGACAUGCUGGUGUCUGUACUCUCCAGCACGGAAAGGACCGUCGCUGCCGAGAUCCGCGCUAACAUCUGCCAGUUGCUCGGGCAGCUGGGUAAGUCAGGUGCGGUGUCCGAAGACAGGGCAGCCGAUGUCGCGAGGAUGAAGGAACGCACACAAAAUCUGCUAGAGAAGGCUGCAAGCAGCCCGGAUGAAAAUGUCCUCAGCGUAUCCGCGAAGCGCGCUCUUGAUGCGUGGGCAUAG